CUCAAAGAGUCAAAAUGAAGUGAACGCUCUGCUUUUUCCUCCAAAAAGCCGAACCCUAAAAAUCGAAGUUGCAGCCGUUCGUAAUCGAUUCCCUCAUAUCCGUUCCAACUUCUUGACGAGACGCCAAGAACAAGAAUUUCCCUUACCUUUUUAUUUUCUGGGAAAUUAAUUUCAGUGAGAUGGGGGUCAAGGCAAAGAAAGCCAUGAAGAAAAAUUUGAAGAAGGCUUCUUCUCAGUUAGUGGCUUCUGCACGUAAAACCGAAGCUGCUGAUUUCUUGCCACUAGAAGGUGGCCCUGGGCGCAAACUUCCCGAGCAAAAACCAAUUGAGGAUAAAGCUACAGUUCUAUACAUUGGUCGGAUACCGCAUGGCUUCUAUGAAAAGGAAAUGGAAGGUUUCUUUACACAAUUUGGUAAAGUCAAAAGAUUAAGAAUUGCACGGAAUAAAAAGACAGGAAAAUCAAAGCAUUUUGGCUUCAUCGAAUUCGAGUCUCCUGAGGUGGCAAAAAUUGUAGCUGAUUGUAUGCAUAAUCAACUAUUAUUUGAGCAUCUUUUGCAAGUCCAUCUUAUUCCUCCAGAGCAUGUUCAUCCCAAAUUAUGGAGAGGUUUUAAUUACCGAUACAAGCCAGUUGAUUCGGUUCAAAUUGAAUGUAAGCGUCAAAACAAGGAAAGAACAUUAAAAGAGCACAAGAAGUUGGUGGAAAAGAUCAUAAAGCGAGAUCUGAACAGGCAAAAGAAAAUAGAGACAGCUGGUAUUGAAUAUGAAUGCCCAGAAAUUGUGGGUAGCAUCCAGCCUGCUCCAAAGAAGAUAAAGUUUGAUGAUGAAUAGGUAUAGUAUCUCGGGAAUGUGUCAUGUUUUUAUUGACGAGAGACUACACAUGAUGAAGUUUGAUUAUGAUCGUUAUUUUGUUUUUAUUUUGAUAAAUAAAUUUGAUUAGGACAAGGAGAAGUUGGAAUUUCAUGAAGAUUGGAAGAGUUGAUGUGUAUGUCCCUAUUGAAGAGGUUUCCACAUCAUCUUCCUCAAUUUUGGGUCCUAGAUAAAUCUUCUGAAGCUCAUUUUUGUGGCCUUUGUUCAUGUAAUCCUGUUUUGGCUGUUGACUAAUCUAAUACUUUAAAGUAGACUGGGUGUAGAAUAUGGUUUCUUAAAGAAAUUCCCAUUAUGUUGAAUUA